AUGCUGAAGAACUACUAUGCCCUGAAUGCGAUGAUCGUUUGUGAUGCUGACCUCAGGAUCCUGAACGUGGAUGCCACAUUUCCCGGCUCGGUUCACGACUCCUUCGUGUGGAGGAUGUCAUUCCUGAGGGAGGCCUUCCUGCAAGGCCACUUCCCACGAGAGGACGAGGGCCUGCUUGGAGACAGUGGGUAUCCCCUUGAGCCGUGGCUCCUCAACCCUGUGCCAGGCAACCCUGCAGUGGGAUCUGAUGAGGCCCACUUCAACCAGGCUCAUCGAUCCGCGAGAUCCGUGGUUGAGCGGUGCAUCGGUAUGUUGAAGAACCGGUUUCGGUGCCUGCAGAGGUACAGAACCUUACACUACGACUCCAUCCGGUCGUGCAACAUCGUCACGGCGUGCUCCAUCCUGCACAAUGUGUGCUUAUACAUAAAUGCACCUGAACCAACACCCGAGCCAGAGCCAGUCGCUGUCGUCGAGCCGCAGUCAAGCGAUUCGAGCGAUAGCGACUCUGACGACCCCUUGACCGGGAGUCUCCAUGACCGGGGCAUGGUGGUUCGCCAGAGGAAGCGAGCCCCUCGUGCACAGCAGGGAGUGCAGACCGUGCAGACAUUGCACCCAAUUUAA